AUGGCCAUCGCAGCUCAAUAUGGUCAUUAUGAGAUUGUUAAGUUUUUAUUCAACAAUAAAAAACAAGAAGAAAGGAAAGGAGGACUGUUGACAGCACAACAAAAAGAUCAUAUUGAAGAGGCAAUCAUUACAGCAUCGGUUUGUGGUCACAUUGCAUAUGUCAAGUACAUUUUAUCAACAUUCAACAUUACUACUCUUAGACAGGAAACAGUACUCGAGAUCAAAAGUUUCUGUCAAGAAGCUUGGCACUAUGAAAUCAUUGAUUAUUUUGAAAGUGAAUCUCAAUUGGGCCGAUCGAUUCAAAUUGAUUGA